CAUACAGAACUAUUCAGAAGUGUUCAUUAUAUGAUCAGUAACUAGUUCUAUAACCAUGUGACUUGGUGUGUGUGCGCGAGCGUGUUUUUUUUUUUUAGUUCUUUUUGUCAACAUAAUAUAUGAUUAAUUAACAAAAUACUGCAAUAGUUUUUAUUUUUUAAAAGCGUGUAUGGUAUAAUAUCUAGUAUGGUUGAAGUGUACUAAAUAUAAACCUAAUAUAAUAGUGUGUACAAAAAAAUCUACAGAAUCGUAAAAGUUGCACAUGAAAACUAAGAACAUAAAAUAAAAUACAAUUAUGAAAUACAUUACGAUAUUGGCAAUUUUAUUAAACUUUUAUGUUCACGCGAUAAAAAGUUCGAAUAUACUUGUUUUUGUGCCAUCGCCAUGGAAAAGUCACAUCGUUUCUUUCCAGCCAUUAUUUUUGGAAUUAGCAAAUCGUGGUCAUAAUGUUACAGUAGUAUCAAAAUUUAUAGUUAAAGAUCCACCACCGACAUAUACACAAUUGAUUCCUUCUUACGUUUUUGAUAUUGAUGGAAGGUCAGAUUUCUUAAUGCGUGAACGGAGUAUAGAAUACUCGUUUAUCGAAGAUCCAAUAACACGUAGCACGAUACUAGUUGACACAACAUUUAUGUUUAUAUCAGAUCCAGAAGUACAGAAAUUUAUUAAGUAUGAUCAAUCAAAUUUUGAUUUAGUCAUUAUAGAAUCAUUCUUUCAAGAGUGUACUGUAGCAUUGGGACAUAAAUACCGAGCGCCAGUAAUUUCAAUCGUACCCGUACCUCCUUGGACAAGUGUAUCUCGAUGGGCAAAAAAUCCUUCAGAUUUUUCAUACAUUAAGGACUUUAUGCUGGAUGGUGGAAAGUCCCUGACUUUCUGGGAACGAUUCACAAAUAGCUAUAUUGGGUUUUACUCUCUAUUUGUUGAACUCAUUAUAUAUCUUCCAAAAUUGGAAAAUAUGAUGGAUACCUAUUUCCAAUACCCGGGAUAUGAAAAGAGACCUACGAUGGCGGAGAUGCUAAAAAACAUAUCGCUCAGUCUAAUUGACUCUGAUGUAACAAUUUUUAGUCCUCGACCCUAUGUUCCGAAUUUCAUUGAAGUACCAGGUAUCCACGUUCAACCGUUUAAGAAAAUGGAUAAGAGCCUACAAGAAUUUAUGGACAAAGCUAACAUGGGUGUUGUUUAUUUCAAUUUUGGCACUAUAUUGAAUGUGACAAGUAUACCCAAACAGUCUUUGCGCAAUAUGAUCAAUGUAUUGGGUCGAUUAGAACAGAAGAUUGUAUUUAAAUGGAUUAAUAAUGACACUCAACAAUUACCAAACAACUUUUAUGUCAACUCUUGGCUCCCACAAAGAGAAAUCCUAAAUCAUCCAAAUUGUAAAGUUUUUAUUACCCACGGAGGAGUUCACGGUAUUAUCGAAACGGUAGAUGCUGGGGUUCCAAUUAUUGGAUUUCCCGUUUUUGGAGAUCAGUUUCAAAAUGUAAAAAUCAGCCAAGAAAAUGGGAUUGGUAUUAUGAAUAAUAUUUUUUCGAUAACUGAAGAAAAAUUUGAAAAAGAUAUAAAGCAUAUAAUGAAUGAUAAGAAGUUUUCGGAAAAUGUUAAAAGAAUGUCUUCCAUUUUUCGUGAUCGGCCGAUGUCAGCUCUUGAUACAGCGGUAUAUUGGGUGGAAUACGUAAUCAGACAUAAAGGUGCUCAUCAUUUACGUUCUGCAGCAGUUGAUUUAACGUGGUACCAAUAUUAUUUAUUAGACGUUAUUGUAUUUCUUAUUAUAAUCGUAUUGUUUUUUAUGUGUGUUUUAUAUUUUAUAACUAAACGGAUUAUGCGAUUACUGUUUAAUUUGUUCCACAAACAGAAAACUGAUAAAAACAUAAUUUGGAAGCAUAAAAUCAAAAUGAAAUUUAUUUCGAUAUUAGUACUUAUAGCAAUUAAUUGUGCUCCUGAAAUAAAAUCUUCAAAUAUAUUGAUUUUUGUACCUUCACCUUGGAAGAGUCAUAUUGUGUCAUUUGAACCAUUGUUUUUGGAAUUGGCACAUCGAGGUCACAAUGUAACGGUGGUAUCAAAAUUUGCUGUAAAAAAUCCACCGCUUAAUUAUACACAAAUUGUUCCAAAAUAUGAGAUGGAUUUUGGAUCAGUAUCGGAUAUUGUAAUGCAAGACAGAAACAAAUAUUUAUUUUUUUUCGAUGAAAUAUAUUUGCGAAAUGUAAUUGGUAUUAAUAUAACCAAAAAUUAUGUAUCAGAUCCAGUGGUACAAAAGUUUAUUAAAGAAGAUCAAACCAAGUUUGACCUGGUGAUUAUAGAAUCGUUUUUCCAAGAUUGUACCGUAGCGAUGGGCCAUAAAUACGGUGCCCCAGUAGUUAGUAUCAUUCCAGUAGCACCUUUUGUUACCAUCUCUCGCCAUGCCGCCAAUCCUUCAGAUUUUUCUUAUAUUAAAGAUUUUAAGUUGAACGCUGGAAAAUCACUUGACUUCCAAAGUCGAUCACUUAAUACUUUAUUUGGUUUAUACAGUUUGUUUAUUGAACCAAUCACGUAUAUCCCACUAUUAGAACAAUUAAUGGAUACGUAUUUUCAAUAUCCUGGAUAUGAAAACAGACCAACGAUGACAGAGAUGCUCGAAAAUAUAUCACUCAGCUUAAUCGAUUCCGAUGUAGCAAUUCUCAGCCCACGACCUUACGUUCCAAAUUUCAUCGAAAUUCCUGGUAUUCACGUACAACCUACAAAAAAAAAAAUGAGUAAGACGCUACAGAACUUCAUGGAUACAGCUACAGCUGGAGUUGUGUACUUAAAUUUUGGUACUAUAUUAGAUGUGGCUAGACUACCGAAACCUUCACUAGAAGUUUUGGUGAAUGUUUUGGGACGACUGGAACAAAAAGUUUUGUUCAAAUGGACUAAUAACGAUACUCAAGGAUUCCCAGAUAAUUUUUAUGUCGACUCUUGGUUUCCACAGUUAAACAUUCUGAGGCAUCCAAAUUGCAAACUUUUUAUUACACACGGGGGAGUUCAUGGCAUAAUGGAAACAAUAGAUGCUGGAAUUCCUUUUAUCGGGUUUCCCAUUUUCGGGGAUCAGUUCCAAAAUUUAAAAAUUAGCCAAGAAAAUGGCUUUGGGAUUAUUAGCAAUAUUCAUACAUUGAGUGAAGAAACUUUUGAAAGAGACGUUAAGCUAAUAUUGACUGAUACGAGGUUUACAGAAAAUGCAAAAAGGAUGUCCACGAUAUUUCAUGAUAGACCGAUGUCAGCACUUGAUACGGCGGUUUAUUGGGUGGAAUACGUUAUUAGGCAUAAAGGAGCUCAUCAUUUACGUUCUACGGCUGUGAAAUUAACAUGGUACCAAUAUUUAUUAUUAGACGUUAUUCUAUUUUAUAUUAUAAUUGCAUUAUUAUUAAUUUAUAUUUGUUAUUUUAUAACUAAAUGUAUUAUGCGGUCAAUACUUAAAUUGUUCAUUAAACAGAAAACAGAUUAAUAUUUAGCAAAAUUAUACUGGUUUAUAUAUAGUUUCUCACUUUAUUUUACCAUUUACUUAGGUUAUCUAUAAACAAUAAAAGUUUUUUGUUUGAUUUUAGCUUCUAUAUAAUAUUAUUUAUAAUUAACUAUUAUUAUUUAACGACUGUUACAUUAUUUACAAAUAAGUUACUAAAGUAAAAAAACAAACUAUUUUCCUAAAGUUGUAAACUAUAAAUAUUACUUAUUAAACGCUUAUUAUAACUGUAUAAAAGUUAUAAGGUGAUAUUAAAAAAAGGAAGAUAGUUUUAUACUUUUUUAUUAUUGUAUUCCGACUGUCUAAAAAUAUCUGAUAAAUUAUUAUGACGUGUUUUGUACAUUUUAAAUUUAAAAAAAAAAUAUAAGUAUAGAAUUUAUUUUUAAGCACUUUUUUCUUUAUUGUUUAUUUAUUACUAAAAUAAUUGCACUCUGUUAUAAAUUAUAAUGUAUUAUAAUGUAAUAUUAUGAUUUUAUUAAUGAUAUUUCUUUCUUCGACCGUUUUAAUGUUGCUAUUUAGAUGGUUGUGCUGUAGUUUUAUAAAGAAAUAUGAGUAAGCUUAGUUCUAGUUAAAUUUUGACAUUUUUUUUUUAGUAAACCAAAUUAUACUGAGAAAUAUUUUUUGAACACAGUGCUUUUGCUUCCAGUUAUAAUGAAAUAUUAUAAUGUUGCUCAACACCCAGUUUCAUUUGUUAUUUUUUAAAUUAAUUAAUUGAAUAUUUAAUUCCACAUCGGUAGUACCCUGCACUACUCGAAAUAUAGUCCUAUAACCAAUAUAUAAAAAUACAAUUA